AUGGCUGCAGAAAAUCAAAGAGUUCCGUUGAUGAUAGUUCACGGUGGAGCUUGGAGUAUUCCGAGCGAGAUGGAACAAGAUCAUAUACAUGGAACCUAUAAUGCCAUUGCACAAGUAUAUCCCAAAUUAUUGAGCGGAGAAAUUGAUGCAGAAGAGGCUGUGGUGAGAGCAAUUUCUAUUUUGGAAAAUGAUGAAACAUUUGAUGCUGGGAAAGGAUCAUUUUUAAAUUUGAAAGGACAAGUAGAAAUGGAUGCUUCCAUUAUGAAUGGAACUAGCAUGAAAUGUGGAGCUGUAUGUGCCAUUCAGUCUGUGAGAAAUCCUAUUCGUAUUGCCCAGCGGGUCAUGAACCAAACUGAGCAUGUUUUGCUAGUUGGAGAAAACGCCUUGGAGUUUGCAAGAUCAACAUGUCACAGCGAGGAAGAAUGUAAGGAAUUAUUUGUUACAAGUGUUGAAGAAUUAUUGACGAAACGAGAAUUAGAAUUUUUGGAGAGUAUAAGAAAUAAUGACGAAUUUACCAGUAGGACAGUUUUUGAAUCAAAAAUUGAAUCACCACCACCUUCAAAGAAAGGCACCGUUGGAUGUGUGGCAUUGGACUUAAAUGGCACUAUUUGUGCUGGUACUUCAACUGGAGGAACCCCAAAAAAGGUAAAUCACCAAGUACCAGGACGGUCAGGAGACACUGGCAUAAUUGGAUCUGGAACCUAUGCAGACAGCAAUGUUGGAGGUGCUUCAAGCACAGGAUGGGGAGAAUCCAUCAUGAAAAUUCAAAUGACUGGUACAGUGAUUAAGUGGCUCGAAUUUCACAACACACCCACUUUACCAAAGAAGGCGUCUAUUUACUCACAUUUAAAUUUUGAAAGUAUCUCAAAAAAUCAACAACAAGAGGACUCUGAGAAAGAAUUAAAUAUGAAUGAAGAACAAAUCGCUAUAGAAACAAUCAUAGAAUAUUUGGAUCAAAAAGUGAGUGGACUUGGUGGUCUUAUAUUUCUUUCAAAGGACGGCAAAUAUGCUGUCUCUCAUAACACGGAUAAGAUGAGUUUUGCCUAUGUUCCGCCUGGCUCAGUUAACAAAGAAAAUGGCCACUUUGAAGUGGUUUCCAUUGUUUCGCGUAAACAAGGAUGUUGA